AUGCAUGACGAAGAGCGGCAACAUGAAGCCACUCCAACCGAGCGUCGCUUUUCUCUCGACGAGUUCUCGACUCCAUCGACAAGCUGGCAACUCGAUGACUUUGUUUUUGAGCCGGGAUAUGUCGAAUCUCGAGAAGAAUUGCGCUAUUUGAUGCUGAGCACCGCACAGACUGCCCCGCCAUCUCCAACUCACGAAAGCAGCUUGACACUGAGGCAGGAUUCGCAUGAAAGCGAGCAUCAGUCAUCAGAACGCCAUCAGGCUUCACAUAUUCUUUCACAGGGACGGAGGAUUGAGUAUCUAAAGAAUUAUUCAAGUGAGGUUGCUCCAUGGCUUGAUAUGUUUGACAGUUCUCAUGCCUUUGGCCUACAAGUGCCCCUCCUGGCGCAGACGUCCCCAGCUCUCUUAUGUGCAAUUCUGGCUAUAUCUGCGCGACAAAUAGAGCGCAAAGAGGCGUCCGACGGGAACCCGACUUUACAGAAUAACUUUGACAGUUUAGAGCUGUAUCAGGAAGCGAUCCGACUUCUGACGCCACUUCUACAAGCUCACGAUCAAGCCGUGAUUCCGAUCUGCGUGAUAUUAUGCUGCCUUGAAAUGAUGUCUGCCAGUGCACGCGAUUGGCGCCGGCAUCUAGAAGGAUGCGCUGCUCUCUUCGAUGCUUUCCAAGUCCACGGAUUCGGUGGCGGACUGUUGCAAUCCGUCUUCUGGUGUCACGCCAGGAUGGACUUGUGUGGUGCCCUGAUAUCCGAUGGGACGCAAAGUACUAUGAUUACACCAGCCGCUUGGCUGCCUCCUGAUACCGACAGCUUGAGCGCCCGCCAAUUGUUUAACAGCGUGAAAAGCCCCGACAUGCACGCCAAUUACGCUGUUUAUCUCUGCGCCAAAGCUUGCGAGCUGGUUUCGGAUCGCACACAGCAUGAUGAACUUGGUGUCCCCAAUGGCUGUACAACAGAAUCGUUUUCAUCUCGCUGGAAUGACCUGUGGGAUGAUCUACAAGCUUGGAUAGAUCAUCGUCCCGGCGAGCUGUUGCCAAUGUCUACUAUAGAAUCUCGCCCCUUUCCACAGAUACUCUAUCUCCACUGGGCCGCAAUCUCCUCCAACCAGCUAUACCACACUGCUUGCAUUUUGAUGCUAUCUUCGAUGCCGAGACGACAGGACGCCAUACCCGGUGUAACGGGAUCAUGUAUUUGGCAUGCAAAACGAAUUUGCGGCAUUUCGUUGACCAAUCCCCAUCAAGGAUGCCUCAACAACGCCAUCCAGCCGCUUUGGUUAGCAGGAAGGCUACUCAGCCACGAAUCAGAGCAUACAAUAGUGGUGAAUCUGAUCCGUGAUAUUGAGUCGAUAACGGGAUGGGGAACUUCUUGGAGAAUUCCUGAUCUUGAAGCAGCAUGGGGUUAUUCUAUUCCAAAGCGCUCCAACUCCAGGCAGGCCGAUCUCAGCUCGCCACAAAGUGCUCAAUCUGGGUGA